AGUAUUGAGAGAGUGGAAGGAAUUGUGUAUUUUGGAAUAGGGAUUUUAAUUUGGGUUAAUUAGAAUCAUGGGAACUCAGAAUGUGUUCUGUGGUUCAUUUUGAGAUACUCAGGGCUAGAAAGCACCAUCUGGGUGGGAGGCAGAAGAAGUGAUGUAUAAAAUCAAAGAGGUAUUGGAACAUAUUGGAUCUUUUCUGAGUGAAAUGGAAUAAUAGUUACUUAAUAAAAAGGGAAAAGGGAAUUGCUGAAAGACUGAGGAACUAGAAUUAAAUGGGGGCUUCUGACAGUGUGAUCCAUUACCUCAGAGGACAUUUACUUGAUACAUUGUUUUAUGCAGGUAAUUUAUGGCUAGAUGGAGAGAAGAUAUUCUGAUUUUAUAGCAGACUCAUGAAUAUAGUUUAAGGCCAUAUGAGGUGGGGUCCUGAACUCAAAGGCCUACAGGAAGCAGGUAAGUAACACAAAUACAGACAGCAGGCUAAGUGGGAAGCAGGUGGCCUGGAGGAGACAGACCUGGCUACUGGGGACAGUGCCUCUCCGCCCUAUCUAGAUUUGAAGACCUGAGUUCUCCUCACCCAUUGGAUUAUGCCCAAGACUUUCCUACCCAAUGAUCCUCUUGCAACACGCCGGGCUUCCUCUGCCUAAGCGGCCCUCAUCCUCUCCUCCUAUGUCAGUGGCCGCCCGGUCUACAGGAACCUUGCAGCUUCCGCCACAAAAGCCUUUCGGGCAGGAGGCUUCCUUGCCUCUGGCAGGGGAAGAAGAGUUACCGAAGGGAGGGGAGCAAGACUCUGCCCUGGAGGAGCUAUGUAAGCCCCUGUACUGUAAACUCUGCAAUGUCACCUUGAACUCCGCACAGCAGGCCCAGGCUCAUUAUCAGGGUAAAAAUCAUGGUAAGAAACUCCGAAAUUACUAUGCAGCUAACAGCUGUCCUCCUCCUGCCAGAAUGAGCAGUGUGGUAGAACCUGCGCCUACUCCAGCUGUUCCCGUCCCCCCGCAGAUGGGCUCCUUUAAGCCGGGAGGCAGAGUGAUCCUGGCCACAGAGAACGAUUACUGUAAGCUCUGUGAUGCCUCCUUUAGUUCUCCGGCUGUGGCUCAGGCUCACUAUCAAGGGAAGAAUCACGCCAAGAGGCUGCGGCUGGCGGAAGCUCAGAGUAACUCAUUCUCGGAAUCCUCAGAGGCUGGUCAGCGGCGGACCCGGAAAGAAGGGAAUGAGUAUAAGAUGAUGCCUAAUAGGAGGAAUAUGUAUACAGUACAGAAUAAUUCAGCAGGUCCUUACUUCAAUCCCCGCUCUCGGCAGAGAAUCCCGCGUGAUCUGGCCAUGUGUGUUACCCCCAGCGGCCAGUUUUACUGCUCCAUGUGUAAUGUUGGGGCUGGUGAAGAGAUGGAGUUCCGGCAGCAUUUAGAGAGCAAGCAACAUAAAAGCAAGGUGUCUGAACAGCGGUACAGAAACGAGAUGGAGAAUCUAGGAUAUGUAUAGUGGUCGUUGUAUUCAGAUAGAGCAGCUUUUCCUGCCUAUUGUUUGCCUUCUGUCAAUAUGCCCUGCUUUUGUGGUCCUUUUGAUCUGAGUCCAUUCCUCUGCUUAAUGUUAAUACGUGUAACCUGCAGUGGUACCAUGAGAUGUCAAGACUGGGGAAGGAAAAGAAUGUGCUUCUUAGGUCAUGAUGCGUUUUCAGGUCAGUUGUGUUGAGUUACUUAGAGCAUGUGACCUACCUACCCCACGAGAAAUAACUUUUUAUCUUGACCAAGUUCUGGUCAACUAGUAGCCUGAUCACUUAGAGCUUUAACUAUUUAAAAACUUCACCUUUUUUUGCAGUUUUAGUUUUAUGUACUGUUAAGUAAAGAAUUUUAUUGACUUCUUACUUCAGAUAACGGUAAAAACAGGUAAGCAGAGAUUUUGGUUUCCCAAGUUUUCUUUGGAACCACCUCAAUGCAAUGCCUUGCCAGUAGGAUAUAUGAUUAUAAGCAGCAUUAGGGUCUUUCCCAGUACGUGUUUUCCACUUGCCUUCCCAUUAUUGAUUGAAAUGCAGAUUUUCUUGGAUUCAUAUACUUCCAGUGUGCUUGUAGACUUCCAAAUGGUGAAAUUUCAUUUUCACUUGUGGAUUUCACACAUUUAAAUGUGGGCUUCUUCCUUCCUCCCCCCUUCUCCCACCCUGCCCCAGUUGAAUUAGCUUGUUUAAUAGGCUCAUUUUCAUGCCCCAGCUAUGUUGUGAGCUUUCCAAGCCCCCUGUUCCAAUGUCCAAUGCGUUUAAGAUAGAUAUGCUAUUUUUUUAAAAAAUAUUUUUCAGGUGGUUUUGGGAAAUGUAAAGAUGUGUUUGAUUUUUCAUUUUAGAGUUAUUCAUUGAUAAUAACAUACUUAUAUGAUGGUCUCGAUUGUAAGUUCAGAUCUCUUGAUACUUGUUUUGGGAGAAUUUUUCGAUGAACUGAUCCUUGGGGUUUAUUUACAUUCUUUCCUGUCUUGCCAGUUGGUUGGUUGCCCUGAAAAAUACUACCCCCUUACUGUUUCAUAGAUAGAGAGGAGUUAAAAAAAAAAAAAAGUUAACCAGAUUUUAGUAUCAUCAUUUCCAGUAGUAAAAUACAUGAAUUUUGAUUUCCUUCUUUAUUAUUCAGCUUCCUUAAAUGUCAUAGAAAUACAUUAUGGAUUUUGGUAUCUGAUAAUUAUAACAGUAUUUUUGUUGUUGUUGUUUUUAAAAUAAGCUCUAGUGUAUGGCUAGAUAAACGAAUGGAGUACCCUAUGAACUUUCAUUAGUUGUAUUUUAUCUACUUACUAUAUUUACAUGGAUAAGACUGGUGCUCAUCCAUACUUUUUUUUGAAAGGCCACAUUCACCAGGAAGUUUAUAAUGAGCAGUAUCUUUGCACUAUGGUCAAUUCACAUUUGAUUGCUUUUAUUACUAAAUAAAAAUGAAACUCCUAUUUUUUCUUUGAGAAUUCUAUAGGCAAAGAGAUGGGGAGAAGGAAAUUAUAAUCAUCAUUCCUUUCCUUUAAUCUUUAUGAACACUUUUUGAGCAAUCUAGAUCCAUAUUUAAAAUUCAGUUUUGGGAUAACCACUGGUACAAUAUCAAGUUGCUCUUCUGUUGAAGUGGUGGUUUUUUGAAAAAUAGAACCUACAUUUUUUUUUUCCCCUCCCAGAAACAGGAGAAUGAAAUAACAUUAUUGAGAUUCUAUCUAGAACUGUGACUCUGAGUAUAAUAAUCCUUUUAUACAAUUGAUUAGGGCAAUUUAGAACUUAUUUUAUUGGUCAGUAGGUUACUCAUUUUGCUGCUAAGUAUAAUUUGUGGGUAGAAUUUAAUAUUACAGUGCUGGCCACUUGGUUCUAUAAUUAUUUAAAAAUCUUAUUUUCCCCCUUUCUCUGUAGUCUGUGUGUGUGUGUGUAUACAUAUAUGUGUGUAUCAUAUAUGUAUACACAUAUAUGUGUACACAUACAUAUACACACAUAUAUGUAUGUAUCUAUAUGUACUUAUAUACAUAUAUACAUACACACAUACAUAUAUAUUUAUGUGACACCAUAGAGAAGAUUUCAUUGGAUCCUUAUUUCAGGUAAUAAUAAAAGAUCGUGGAUAAGAAUUUACAGUUUGUAAAAGUGGCAUUUUUCCACUUUCAGUUUUUCCUUUGCAAACAAAUUUGAAGGAUUUCCCUCACUCUCCCUACUUAACAAUUUUGUUACGUAUAUACAAAAAGCAGUGGACUUAAAGGCCUUGAUGUUUUUCCUGGCCUUGCAUAUUCAGGUUUCCAGUCUCCCAGUGCCCUUAAUGGAUGUUAUGAAUGCAUAAAUGCAUUUUCUUUAAAGAAAAAAGUUAGAUUUAUAGUGUUAUUUCUUACUUGCUCUAUUUCUUUGCACUAAAGAAGAGCUAUGUGUUUGUUUUAUAUGACACUUUAGAUACCACAUUGCCUACAAUAACUCGGUUUGCUCCUUAAUUUCCGAACUGUAGGAAGUUGAUAACUUCCAUGAUCAUUUAUAGAGGUUACAUACACAUCCAAAAAAAAAAAAUCGCAAAUCUCUAUGACAGUGGGUUAUUUUGAGCUUGUUACCUUGCAAUAUUCUCCUAUGCUCCAUAGGUGAUACAAAGGUGACAGAGGUUGUCAGAAAGGAAAUACCUAAAUAAAUACAUGUCUGCAUGGUACAGUUUCUCAUCUUCAUGCAUUCCUAUUAGACAGUGUUUUUUCCCUGUUGAAGAAGGCUGUUGUUACUACCACAGUCAGUGAUACGUGAUCUCCAUUGGUUUCCUUUUGUGAAGUCCAGUCCUGCUUUGUAAUGUGCUCUAGAAUCCGCACCCUGUGCUGCCCAGGAGUCAUGUUAGUAUCUUUUUAUAUGCUGUAUACAAGGACGGACAGAGGCCUAAACAAUGUAAGACCUUUAGUCAAGUCAAUAGAUUUUAGUAAUCAUCCGCAAGAAGCACUCAUAGCAUCCAAGUCUCUUUUCUCUGUGAAUAUCUCUGUGUAAGUUGUCAUUUGAAGUCCAUGUUAGAAGAUAACAAUUAGAAACUCUUCUUAAGAUAUUGAGGGCAAGAAGAUGUAAAGGAAAAAUUCCAUGUUCCGAUUAAAAGAUUGGACUGCCUAUGGCUUUGAAGUGUUUUUUUCAACAAGUUAAGCUACAAAAUGGAGGGUGCCAUGUAAAUCCUUUUGGCUCCACACUGAACAGAGAAUACUUUGUUGGUCUUGUCUUUGUAUCUCAUGUACUACAACUUGUAAAUAUGUGCAUGUUUUUAUUACAUUUGUCUGCUUGUCUCUUAUUGCACUGAAUUCUGCAAGAUGCAUAAUAUUUUAUACCAUUCAUUUAGAAAAAGUUCCUUCUCCCAACUUUUCCUCAUUAUUUCCCCUCCUAAUGAGUCUUAGAAAACCAUUUAGGAUUUUUUGAAACUCUAAGGUUGAAUGAAGAACCAUGGCUGUCUGAGACCAUUCUUAUGUUCCUCUGACUUACACAGCUGAAGGGAAGCAUGAGAUCUUUCUUCCACCCUAUCUUACAGAACUGAUAUCUUGCUUAUAGUUACUGUCUGCACCUUCAAUGAGGGGAAUGGGAGAAAUGUGUUUGAGCAAACAUAUAUUUGCUUAAAUCUUACUCUGUAGAUAGAUUCUAAGGAUUAGCAGUGGGAUUUAUGAUUCCUUCACUCCUGAGUUGGCUGGGACUGUGAGCACUGACAGUUUGAGGACUGUCCAGUGACCUGUGUAAAAUGAGUCUUGCUUGUGUCAGGGGAGACAUAACUGUUGGGCAUGGUAUCCUCUACAGAGAGGCCUAGGGAUGGUGUGAAACCUGUUUUGUUUCCCUGCUAUGGGAAUGUAGGCUGAAAGUGCUCUCUAAAGAACUUGGUGAGGCAUAUAUAAGACAAUAGAACUUUAGAAAUAGAAAUAUUUUGUCAAUAUAGGCAAAAGUUUAGUGCAGGCUUUUGAACAAAUGCUUAAAAAUAUUCCACCUUACCAACUAUUUUUUUUUUUUUUUAACCAGCCGAAUUAUUGUUCAGGAGUUUCAUACAUAAUAGUGUUUUGUUGUUGCUUUUGCUUUUGGGGGGUUUUUCUUGGCUGUAGACCUCUCUCAUCAGAAGCUGUUACUAGCAGUCUAGCUGAAUGGACAAAUAGCUGUGUAAAUAGCUUCUCAUACGACGUUUCUGCUGAUAGCUGUUUGACUUUUUCUUCCCAUUAUGAAUGGGAGGAUCAUUUGUAAAUUCCCUUUCUGGGUAGCUACCAAAAAAAAAAAAGAAUACUGGCUUAUGGUCCCAUGUGACCCUGUCCCCAUUAAGCCCAGAAUAUGAGUGCCUUUAGCAAGUUUUAGCAUUUCACAGAGAGAAGAGAUGAUAGAAUUAUUGCCAUUAAUCAGAAUUCAUAAAACAGAAGCUUGGAAUAGCAAAGGUCUGUGUAAAUUCUGCAUUUUUUUUUUUUUUUUUUUUUUGCCUAAUGCGAUUUCAAUUUGAAACUGAGUAAAACUGUUAACAUUAUUGAUCAGGAACCGUACACCCUGAAAAUAAAUCCAGUUGUCCCAGGCUGACAAUAGUCAUAGAUUAUUUUUCACCUUGAUCUGUGUUGCAUUUAUAUUUAGUGAAUAGUAGUAUGGUGGAUUGGGAAGGGCUUGACACUGAUAUUUGGAAAAACUUUAUUCCAGUGGUCUUUUCAAAACUUGUCUAUUCUGUAGGGAGGAGAGAAUUAUUUACUUGCAAAUGAGGUGUGUGAAAGAGAGACUGUCUUUUCCACAAUACUUACUAAUUGUGUUAGUUCAUCUCUAUGUUAAAGAAAGGAUCUUCAGAAAUUGGGUUUGAGGCCUUAAGCAAAAAUUCCCACUUCAGUUAAUUUACAACUCUAAAUUGCCUGAGUCUUUAAAACACACUGCUAAAUUAAUUUUAUUGUAGAAAUAGUAACAUUUCCCUCAACAUUUUAUUAUGAAAAAUUUUAAACAUACAUUGGAGUCAAAUUUUUUUUACAAAUAUCCACCAGUAAAUUCUAACAUCAACACUUUACUAGGCUUGUAUUACCACAUAUCUGUCCAUCCCUCUAUCCAUCCGUCCAUGGAUGGACGUUUUUAAAAAUAUAUAUUUUGGUGUGAAUUUCAGACAAUACAUUUCCCUUAAAUACUUCAGCAUAGGUGUCAUUAACUAGAGUUUAUUAUCUGUUUAAAUAUGACUAUCUUUUAAAAAGCAGUGUAUGAAGUUGAUAACUGGAACCAAAUAAUAUACAUUAUUUUCUCUUGUGGACUUUAGCCUUCUGGUUUCUGUUUUUAUGUGUGCUUAGCGUAAAGGAAGACCACUCCUCUCCAACCUCAAGUUUUCUGGUGUUGGUCAUUUUAAAUGCUUAGUUGUCACACCUUUUAAAGUUCCAUUAAGAAUUUUUUCUUUAUCCCUCUUCUAUGAUAUAUUUUUGCUGAACUAUGCAGCUUCUUUAAAAUAACUGUAAGUUAUGGAUUGGGGUUUAUUAAAUCAGCUUAUACCUCAUUUCAUUCUAUGGAUGCUUUUCUCCAUGAAACCAUGUCUCUGUCAUUACUUUCACUUGCUCUACCAGCACGUAGAGAGGCGGAGAGAGUCAAACCCAUAGAUGAUUAGCUGUUUUAAACAACUCAAGAAGAUUUCGUAGUUUCGAAAGUUGAAACCAUUAACUUCUCUAAAGCCUUUGAAUUCCCUGAGAAUUGUCAUUGCUCAUGCUGCCUCUAGCCAUAAUUAGCAGGAUCAAAAAUGAUUGUACUGUACAAUGAGUUGUUGAAAUUGUGAGCCUUAGUAACCAUCUUUAGCUUUACUCUAGGACUGUUUAGAAAAAAAAUUUUUUUUUGACACUUGCCUUUAUUUUUAUGCCAAUUUUUUUUUUUGGACAAAAUCUGAAGAAUUUAAGUGAGUUGCUCCAGGUCAUGAAGAUUCAAUGGAUAAGUCAGAAUAGGAACUUCACUGUUCCUGAUUCGUAUUCUUGCGCUUGUGUGAUAAGCAUCAUGGCUUCCAAGAUAACUGAACAUUCCUUUGGGGACCUUAAAAUGAAAGUAUGUAUUUUUUACUGAUUAUUUAGUUUUUAGGCAUUUCAUGAUUCUUUGAACUUAAAGAUUUUUUUUCGUGGUCAUGUCCUCAUUAAGCCAAUGUAAUUGCUAAAAACCUCACUUCACUGUUGAAUACCAACUAAUAAUGCAGGUUUUAUCAGGUUUCUUUUUGCAUUUAAUAACCUUCAUGAUUACUCAUAACUUUCUAUGUAAGUGCUUAAGUGACCCCGUCACUAGUGAAAAUAAAUGUUCUAUAUCACUGAUUCAAUGUAUAUUCUCUACAUGAUAUAUUUUUUUAAGGAAAAGUAACCCCAUGUGUCAGGAUGAGUGAUAUCCUAGGGCAAAGCACAUAUAAAGUUUAUUUCUACUCUGCAAAUCUGGCAUUUACGGGAACAAAACUCUUUUAGAGUGGCUGGUCAUUGUUUUGCCUUCUUUUGGUACUUGAGCACCUUUCUGUGGUUUUGUAAAUCAGUGUGUCAUUUUGUAAGAAUUUCAUGUUGAUUCUGUGUUAAUUGGUGUUCACCUUGUGGUAUCCUCAGCUGACCGUAAUAAUUUAGUUUGGGUACGGUGUGUCUGCUUUGAAAUGCCUUACUAGAGCAUGUCAGAUUCUGCUCUAAAGCAUUCCAUGUAUCUGCUAGGGCAAUAAGUUGCCUCUCUUGGAUGUAUGCUGUAGAUCCAGAAGCAAAACUGAUUUUGCUUUCACUGUUAAGGUUGCAUUUUAGUGUAGUUAUUGUUUUAAAUUAGAGAAUAAAAUCAUAAAAAAAAAAACAAGGGAGACUUUAGAACCCUUCAUUUAAUGGCAUGGCAAACUUUUAAAACUGCUUUUGCUAUUUCACUAGAAAAAUAUCUAGUAAAGGAUAUGGCUAAAAACCGCCAGCCAGAACUGUGUGAAAUUGGGGUUGUUUCCUAAAAUUUUUUCUAAAUGUCAUACAGGGGUUUAACAUCUGUGUAUGUUGUUGGGGCUAAGUGCCAGUCACCAAUUUGGAAAUCUGUUUGCAUUCUGGGGCUAUAAAAUGGCAAAAGUGUCAUGGGAUUAAAACCAAUCAACUGUGAAUUGUGAAAUUGAAAGUGCUUUUUUGGUUUUAUUUUCUUCCGCAUAUUGAAUAUAGAAAUCCAAAAGUUAUUUAAAAUUUACACUGCUUAUGUUGAUGGCUCAUUUUGGCUGUGUAUCCUCACUUAUGUACUGAUUUCUGAUAAAAGCUUGACAUUAUUAUAACAGGUAUUUUGUGUUCAAUUUAAUAAAACAGUUUCUGAGUCUUG